UUCACAUUUCUCUGAGUACGAGGCAUUGGUUGUAUGGUAUCGGUGCCGCUGUAAGGCCGUUGAAUACGUUUAGGGCCACUUGUCGUGAUUUCUAAUCAUUGUAAUUUAAUCGAACGUCAACUUUCGGACCGGUGUGACCGCGACGCGAUUAUUAUCGGGAGUUUUGUAGCUAUUUUAUAAAGAAGUUUCUUAUAACAGGCAGGGAGUAGUCCUUCAAGAUGAAGCUCUCCCUGGUAUUUGAGCUUCUAUUGAUAUUUGUUCUUUUGGCGUUUGCGGCCUCAAAACAAAUUGGGAAAAAGAAGAAUAGCAACAAGACCGGCGUCACGAAUAAGAACAAUGAUAUUAAAAUAGAAGAUAACAGCAUCAAUAAAUAUUGCAAGUGCUCUGAAGUUUAUUGCAACUGUUGCAGAGAUUUCCAGGUCCCGCUUGUUAAUUUAAGCGGCGCAGGAUGUGCGACUUUAAUGUAUUUGAACGACGAUAAGAUGUCCGUCUCGUUGAGAUUUGGAAGAAAAGUAAUUGCAAAUCGUACUUUAUCCAGUCGCAAACCAAGUCCAGUUUGUAUGCCUCUACCUGGAGGAAUAUCAAAAUUCUGUGGACGAGUUUAUAAUAUUGCUCGAACUGGUGAAGAAUUCAGAGCAUGUUUAGGUUUAGAACUUCAAUCCAAGAGUACCGUAGAAGCAGCAGUCAGGGUAUCCUGUUUUAAAUUUGGCCCGCGUGGUGUAACGUCGGAACCGGCGGAUCCAUUACCGUUACUCCCCCAAGAUGAUAAAAACUCUGAUGACGAUGAUGACGAUGACGAUGACGACGACGAUGAUGAUGAUGUUGAUUUCGGACUCACAGGUGAUGAUGAAUAUGAAGAAGCCGACGAUGACGACGACGAUGGUGGUGAUCUUGAUGCUGUUAAUGACGUGGAGAGUGCAGACUACACAGGAUUCAGUAUUCUAGGAGAAGAUUUGUUAGGAGAUCUCUUUGGCUCUGGUAGUAAAAAACCCAAUAAAAACAAAAAGAAACAAGCUCCCAUAGUACCAUCUUCUACUACAACACGGCGACCAAGACCUACACGCCGCCCAAUAAGAAGACCAUCCUCUCGAGUAACAACUGUGAGACCUUCGGUAACGAGAACAACUACUGUUAGAAUUCGUCCCAUUUCUCGUCGAACCACGCGACGACCAACAAGACGACCAAGUGGACGUCCGUCAAGAAGACCACCAACUUCUGCCGAACCUACUUCGACUAUUAGCUCAACAAUUUCCACCACAACAUUUUCACCGAUAGUUUCUAAUAUUGUACCAUUGAAAGAUGACGAGCAAAAGCCAAUGGCGGAUUUAAUAAACCAAGAAACUACUUUAGCAACUGAAAAAAUUUCCACAAUUCAGUUUCUAACUACACCAAAAACUGUAACCACAUUUGAUGACCCAAGUCUCGAAAUGUCAUUGGCACAUAUAACAGGUCAACUUUCUGUAAUGCCUAUAACUCCAGUUAUUCCUCAGGAAGAUAGCGAAACCAACAAAAAAACAACAAGUUAUUCAGAAGUUCUUUACGAGAAAGUAGAAACAAUAACUCCUAAAAACCCAUCUACUGUGCCAUUCCUCCCAACAGAACCAAUUUCAGAUGAUAUGAUUCAAAUAGUUCAGAACCUAGAUUCACAGUCUGAAGAACUUGUACCUGAAAGAGAAUCGAAUUUGUCUGAACAAACCCGUGGUCAUAAAUACAAAAUCGCCUAUUCCGGGAAUAACUACAAGGAUCUAACAUUACCAAAGAAGAAACACAGAGGAGCAGUUUUCCAAUUAGCUGAUUUAGAUGUUCUAGAUUUGACUAAAAUUGGAGAAAGUGUUGGGCAACAACUGGGUAUUUUCGGUAGACAUAAAAGACAAAACAAAAAUAAAGAUAUGAAACACGGUAAAGGUGAACAAAAUGAAGAUGACUACGAUAUCAUCGGAGAUUUAUCGGCCUCUAUGGGUUUCGCUGAUCGUAUGAAUAAUAAAAAUAAAGAAAGUAGAAGACAAAAUAAAAUGAUGCAAGGGGACUGGUCUAAGGCAUGACGGAUUAAGAGACUUUAAUAGAUCUAGUUAGAUUGUAAUUAUUUAUUUUCAUUUAACUUAUUUCAUAAGAACUUUGUAAAUAGAUAAAUUAUUUAAAUAUUAUUUAUUUCUUGAUAGUAAUUAAAGCGUUGAAAAUAUUGCCUUUGAUGUUAAAAUGUAAACGGUAAUUACAACAUACCCAUGUUUUUAUUUUAUUAAAAAUGUUCAA